GGGCGCAGGCGCAGAGGAGCUCAUGCGCUGAGGGCCCGCGGCGCUGAGGUACCCCUGGGCAGCGGAGGGCUUCGGGCCGGAGGUGGGGGAGUCCGAAGCUCUGGCUCACGUGACCUGCCGGGGCCGGGCGCCGGGGGCGCGCACCGGCCUCCCUCGGUGCCCCUGUCUGGCUCUGCGUUGCUACGGGGACCCUCCUGGGGGACGGGCCGUCACCCCCAGUCUGCAGUUAGAGGCGGCUGCCGCUGCAGCCCCGCCGCCCUCCGGGGACCCGCCGGCUGGGAGAAACGUUGCUGAAGUGCUGCUGAAAGGGCCAGAGAUGCAAGGAUUUGGGACACAUUUGAACCUUUAAGCUGUCUGACACUGACCUCCUUUCAUUAUUAAUAAAGAAGAAGCAGGAGCUUAGGAUGCAUUAACCAACUCAUUAAUGUACUAACUGGACAGUGUUCUGCAGACUCUUUUGCAUUGCAAAGAACUGGAUUGGCACAAAAUAAAAUACUUGUAUAUUUUCCUCAGCCUGUAGUAUGACUCGAUGGAGGAAAAUUUGAUGAGCGUGAGGGAAGACCAUUCUUUUCAUGUUCGGUACAGAGAUUGAAGCCAAUCAAUUGAGGCCUUGUGCAUAGCAGAAUGGAAGCUUCUUGCCUUGAGCUAGCCUUGGAAGGAGAACGUCUGUGUAAAUCAGGAGACUGUCGUGCUGGUGUGUCAUUUUUUGAAGCUGCCGUUCAAGUUGGAACUGAAGACCUAAAAACACUUAGUGCUAUUUACAGCCAGCUGGGCAAUGCUUAUUUCUACUUGCAUGAUUAUGCCAAAGCAUUAGAAUACCACCACCAUGAUUUAACCCUUGCAAGGACUAUUGGAGACCAGUUGGGGGAAGCGAAAGCUAGUGGUAAUCUUGGAAACACCCUAAAAGUGCUUGGGAAUUUUGACGAAGCAAUAGUUUGUUGUCAGCGACACCUGGAUAUUUCCAGAGAACUUAAUGACAAGGUGGGAGAAGCAAGAGCACUUUAUAAUCUGGGGAAUGUGUAUCAUGCAAAAGGGAAAAGCUUUGGGUGCCCUGGUCCCCAGGAUGUGGGAGAAUUUCCAGAGGAAGUCAGCAAAGCCCUGCAGGCGGCUGUGGACCUCUAUGAGGAAAACCUGUCAUUGGUAACUGCUCUGGGUGACCGAGCAGCCCAAGGACGAGCCUUUGGGAACCUUGGCAACACACACUACCUCCUGGGAAACUUCAGGGAUGCAGUGAUAGCUCAUGAGCAGCGUCUCCUUAUUGCAAAAGAGUUUGGGGAUAAAGCAGCUGAACGAAGAGCAUAUAGCAACCUCGGAAAUGCGUAUAUAUUUCUUGGUGAAUUUGAAACUGCUUCCGAAUACUACAAGAAGACACUACUGUUGGCUCGACAGCUUAAAGACAGAGCUGUAGAAGCUCAGUCCUGUUACAGUCUUGGAAACACAUACACUUUGCUUCAAGACUAUGAGAAGGCCAUUGAUUAUCAUCUGAAACACUUAGCAAUUGCUCAAGAGCUAAAAGAUAGAAUUGGCGAAGGAAGAGCAUGUUGGAGCUUAGGAAAUGCGUACACAGCUCUAGGAAAUCAUGAUCAGGCAAUGCAUUUUGCUGAAAAGCACUUGGAAAUUUCAAGAGAGGUUGGGGAUAAAAGCGGUGAACUGACAGCACGACUAAAUCUCUCAGAUCUUCAGACAGUUCUUGGUUUGAGCUACAGCACAAAUAAUUCCAUGAUGUCUGAAAAUAUUGAAAUUGACAACAGCUUUUAUGGUGCACGCCCCAAGUUGGGACGAAGACACAGUAUGGAAAAUAUGGAACUUAUGAAGUUAACACCAGAAAAGGUACAGAAUUGGAACAGUGAAAUUCUUGCUAAACAAAAACCUUUUAUUGACAAACCAUCUGCAAAGCUACUCUUUGUCAACAGACUGAAGGGGAAAAAAUACAAAGCCAGUACCUCCACUAAAGUUCUUCAAGAUGCCAGUAAUUCCAUUGACCAUCGAAUUCCAAAUUCUCAGAGGAAAAUCAGUGCAGACACUAUUGGAGAUGAAGGGUUCUUUGACUUACUAAGGCGCUUUCAAAGCAAUAGGAUGGAUGACCAAAGGUGCUGCUUACAAGAAAACAACUGCUGUCCAGCCUCAGCGGCAGCUUCCUCCACUCCCAAGAUGGUGAAAACACCAUCUGUUUCUGUGGUAUCCCCCAACACAGACGAAUUUUUAGAUCUUCUUGCCAGCUCACAGAGCCGCCGUCUGGAUGACCAGAGGGCCAGUUUCAGUAAUUUGCCAGGGCUUCGUCUGACAAAAAACAACAAUCAGUCAGUACUUCAGCAUCUAAUAACAAAUGACAGGAAAGAGCCUGAUGAAGACUUCUUCGACAUCCUUGUGAAGUGUCAGGGAUCCAGAUUAGAUGAUCAAAGAUGUGCCCCACCACCUGCUGCCACAAAGGGGCCAACGGUCCCAGACGAAGACUUUUUCAGCCUUAUUUUACGGUCUCAGGCUAAAAGAAUGGAUGAACAAAGAGUUCUUUUGCAAAGAGAUCAAAACAGAGAAAAUAAAUUUGGGCUAAAGGACCUUUUGCAAAACAAUGCUUUGUUGGAAUUUAAAAAUUCAGGAAAAUAACCAGCAAACCACUAGAUAGCUAUGGUACUUCUUACUAAAGAAAAGACUAUUUUCCUUCAGAACACUGCAGGGAAAUUCACCCUUUAGAACUGCAGUACAGCCCAUGUGUUUUAGGAUGUAAAAUGAGGUACUAAUGGACUGACCUUCUAGACGCUUGUGUUUAAAGGUGAGUGUCCUGAGAGGUGCUCCAUCAGCUUACUGCCUGGGAUUAUUCUUGGGCAACUUAUUAUAAUACUUUAUUAGGGUUUGUAAAAUAGGAAUUUAAUGAGUCCUAGAUUAGAAUUCAAUCCUCUGAGGUAACUUUUUAAAAAAUCUUGACAAUGACUCUUAAUUGACAAUGAUUUUUUUAUACUUCCCACUUAGUGUGGGAAAUUACACCAUUUAAUAAAAAUAAUAAUGUACUUGUCCAAUGUAAAAAAGAUAGAAAAUAGUUAUAAUUAUUUUCAAUGUAUUUGUAGGCCAAAGCCAGUGUAAAAAAAAAAAAAAAAAAACUUUUAAGAAAUAAACUACUUUUAGCAUGCUUUAAGCUAUUUGUCUCUUCUCUUACAUAAUACUGCUAUAUAAAACAAACUUUUAUAAGACCUAAUGUGGUAAAAACCAAAACCAUUUGGUUUGAUUAAGAACCCAAACUGCCAGGCGUGGUGGUGCAUGCCUUUAAUCCCAGCACUUAGGAGGCAGAGGCAGGUGGAUCUCUGUGAGUUCAAGGCCAGCCUGGUCUACAUAGUGAGUUCCAGGCCAGCAUGGGCUACCUACAGGGAGACCCUGUCUCAAAAAGACCCCAAAAAAUCACUAGCUUAAACUAUGAAUUCAGUUUCAUAUGUGUCAUAUAAGGUAGACUAUCCUAGAUGUUAUCAAUUUUAAAACUGUGCAUUAUGUUUUAUGGGACUUUUAGGUUUUAUUAGAAAAUUUGUAACAAAAAAAGGUAGGCACCAAAAACAAUAAUGGUAUUAUCUCAUUUGGUAUAUCCAACAAAUCAAGUCUUGAGUCAUGUGUGAAACUUUUUCUUAUAAGAAAAUUCAUUAAGCAAAGACUGCACAUCAAACCAAAAUGUGUUUAUUUUGUGUAUACAGUGGUUCUUAGACGCUGUAAACAAUUUAACAUCACUUAUUCCAUUUUAAAAGGUCCUUUAACAGCUACCUACUCUGUUCCAAUUCUCUUAAAAGCCAGUAUAAUAUGCCUUAACCCCAAUGACAGAUACUGGCUAGUCAACUGAAAUAAGCCUUAUCUCUCUUCUGGUAAUGAACUGGCCUUAAUAUGUUCACCUUGCUUUAAUAAAGUCUUCCCUGAAUUGCUGUAGUCAUUCAAGAGUACCAUAUUGCCUUGCUGGUUGUCAAAGUAGAUUUCAUCCCCAAAUGGAGAUCUGUAAUGAAAAAAUACAAACAUGAAAUUGUAAAUGUGUUUUUGUUUGUUUGUUUUUGAGACAGGUCUCACUUUGUAGCCCUGGCUGGCCUUGAACUGACCAUGUAGACCAGGCUGCCCUUAAUCUCACAGAGAUCCACAACUCGGCUCCAAAAUUAAUGUUUUUAAAAUGGAUUUGAUUUUGGAUUAAAAGGGUCAAGUGCAGACAGCACUGCCUGCCUCUCCUCAGUCUGUACCUGAGGCAUUCACUUCUCUUCAGAAUCAGACCACAGCUCAGAGGACAAACCCAUCUCGGGAAUACAUUUACCAGUUAGUGUUAACAGGUUCAGUCUGUAGAGACAACUGCUUUACAAGCAAAGAUGUUCACAAAUCUAAACUGUAUGUAUCCUUUCAUUAAUUUACUCCAUUCCUACAGUUGUGUUACAUCUUGAUGCAAAAUUCUUUCGU